AUGGCCCAGAUCUCGCCAUUCGAUAUCCCAUUUGAUAAACUCCCAAACCCUCGCCAGGUGUGGGUAGGCGCACCAGGGAGCCUGGAAGAGGGCCUAGGGAAAAUUUCCCUUUUGACCCCAGAAGUCGUCGCCGAAGCAGCUGCAGAAAUCAAAACGGGAGUGCGGGUGACCCUUGGUUGGGAGAUGACGAAACUUGAACUGGCGAAUCUAAAUCGACAACCUUGCCAGCAUCAUAUCAUCUCCCUUCUGAAUGGUCUUGCGUUUGACGAUGUUUACAUCAUGAACCCUCUUGAUUUAGAACAAAGCAGCCAGUGGGACGGGCUACGUCAUUUCUCGCAACCCGUACCUGCUACCGAUGGAAAGUCUGCGGAACGAGUAUUCUAUGGGGGAACCACUGCUAGUGAAAUACUUAAUCGAUCAAACGAUCGCAUCGGGAUGCAAUACUGGGCUCGUCAAGGAAUUACAGGCCGCGGAGUUCUUAUUGACUACGCAUCCUAUGCCGCAAAAAGAGGAAUUAAAUAUAGCACUUUUUCCACUCAUCAAAUCCGCCUAUCGGAUAUCUUAGAGAUUUCUGCCGAUUGUAACCUGACGUUUAAACGUGGAGAUAUUCUAUUCAUCAGGAUCGGAGUGACAAAUGAGUGGGACAAUGUCAUGACUGAUGACCAAAAACGGGCGUACUCGGUAAAUCCGAAGCCAGAACAUGCGGGCGUUGAAGCUACAACUGAAUGCUCCGUUGGCUUUGGGACACGGGAUUCUCCGCCGUUGCAGGCGAUGCUGUCAGCUGGGAGGUGUAUCCUCCACAGAACCCAGAUAUCUUCCUACACGAGUAUUUACUUGCAGGUUGGGGAGUUCCAAUAG